AUGCGCGUCAAGACGAUUGGUAUUGCCGUUGGCCUCUGUGCCGUUGGCGCGUUGGCCAAGGAGAAAGCAGUCGAUAUGUCACGUCAUGCCGAGUAUAAAUCCGGAGCAGUUAUGGAUCGAAUCAUGGCUCACAAGUUCGAACAAUGGGAGGCCAAACUUGCUAGUGGCGCCCUCAACAGUACCCAGUGGCCUCGGCUCAACUAUACCAAGUGUGUCAAUGGCAUCGCUGAGGCAAUCCAUGGCGAUGCUCUGCAGACUUUCAGGUGCAAGAACAUGGACCUGUAUGACUUCAUCAACCACGCGACUCUUGGCUCACCACUGGCCACUGAUGAGGGAGCGAGUGGUAGUUCCAUUUGGGGCUGGACCGACCCCAAGUCCGACAGGGAGUUCAUUGCUGUGGGAAUGUUUCAGGGAACUGGCUUCGCCGAGAUCUUACCCAAGGGGAGACUGCUCAAUCUGGGUUUCCUUCCUGCUCCCGCAACACUGAGUAAAUACGCUCUGUGGAAGGAAAUUCGUGGGUACAAGAACUACAUGGUGAUUGGUAGUGAACUGGAAGAGCACGGAAUUCAGAUCUUUGACAUGCGCAAGCUCCUCACGAUCAUUCCCAAGAAGGCCCCCGUCAAAUUUUCUGUCGACGACGUGACGGGUCACUUCAAGGACUUGCCUCGGGGUAGUACACACAACGUCGUCAUCAACGAAGAAUUCCAGUAUGCCGUAUCCGUCGGUGCCCGACCUCGCAAUGACUCCUGCGGUGCCGGUCUCAUCUUCAUCGACCUCAAGGACCCAUCCAAACCCACGAGACUAGGAUGCAAUGCUCAAGACGGUUAUGUCCACGACGCCCAAUGCCUCAAAUACCGCGGCCCCGACAAGCGCUAUCUCGGCCACGACAUCUGCUACGGCUAUAACGAAGACAGCCUCACCAUCUACGAUGUAACCAACAAGGCCAACUCGUCCAUCAUCUCCCGCACCUCGUACGACGGCGCCGCCUACACCCACCAAGGCUGGGUUCUCGACCGUUACAACCAAGAAUACUUGCUGCUCGAUGACGAACUAGACGAGGGGAACGCCGCCGGCCCGGCCGCGCCCGGAUACCCCAUCACCUACAUCUGGGACAUCCGCAACCUGCAGAACCCCAAGAACACGGGACAUUACAAGGCCACGAAUCGCGGCAUUGACCAUAACCAGUAUGUCAUUGACGGACUGUCGUAUCAGAGUAGUUAUGGCGCCGGGGUGAGGGUUUAUGAUGUUUCCAGUAUCCCGCAGGACCCCACGGGAGCGGGCGUGUGUGAGGUGGCGUAUUUUGAUAUUUAUCCUGAGGACGAUAAAGCGGAAGGAGGAGGUGAGGUCGGGUUCGCGGGCAGUUGGGCGAGCUAUGGGUAUUUCAAGAGCGGGUUUGUGGCGGUUAACACGAUGGAGCGCGGGGUUUACCUGGUCAAGGUUACGAAGAGGGAGAGGUGUAAGAGGGUUCAUGCUUAG